UUUAUAUGAUCAGAUAUUUCGGCCCAGCAAGUUGCCAGCACAUGCUGAUUUUCAUUGUUUUAAAGCUGGGAUAGAACCUAAGUGGGAGGAUCCUGAAUGCGCGAAUGGGGGUAAGUGGUCUAUUUCAAGUAGCAGAAAGGCCAAUCUUGACAGCAUGUGGUUAGAGACGGUGAUGGCUCUGAUUGGAGAGCAGUUUGAUGACGCUGAUGAUAUUUGUGGUGUUGUUGCGAGUGUACGCCCGAGGCAAGAUAAACUUGCUCUUUGGACUAAGUCUGCUAGCAAUGAAGCUGUUCAGAUGAGCAUUGGAAGGAAGUGGAAGGAGAUAUUGGAUACCACCGAUAAGAUUUUAUACAGUUACCAUGAUGACUCCAGAAGAGAUAAAUCAAGCAGAGGAGGUCGUUACAGUGUGUAGAGGAGAAAUAAAACACUAUUGAGUCUCUCUAUAGUUAUGCUGUGCAACUAAGAUACUGUUCUGAGAUAUUAUUAUAAUUAUGAUCAUUUAUAUUCAUUCAAUAGCUUUGGAUAUUAAUUAUUGUGUCUGUGACAUCAUAUUAAAAUGGAAUAAUUUUUGUUAUUUAUAUGAUUA